GUUCCACUAGCUCCUAUGCAGAAGUCCGGUAUAAACCUUCAUUUUUAAAGGAUGAUGAGCUCCGACAGUUAAUCCUUAGGGCUGCAGAUGGAUUCCUAUUUGUGGUUGGAUGCAACAGAGGAAAAAUUCUGUUUGUCUCAGAAUCAGUUUGCAAAAUACUUAAUUAUGAUCAGGCCACUUUAAUUGGACAAAGUUUAUUUGAUUACUUGCAUCCAAAAGAUGUUGCAAAAGUUAAGGAGCAACUUUCUUUUUCGGAUGUCUCUCCUAGGGAGAAGCUCGUAGAUGGGAAAACUGGCUUGCAAGUACACACAGAUUUUCAAACUGGACCAGCUCGACUGAAUUCUGGUGCUCGACGUUCCUUCUUCUGUCGGAUAAAAUGUAGUAGGACCACAGUCAAAGAAGAAAAGGAGUGCUUGCCCAACCCAAAGAAGAAAGAUCACAGAAAAUACUGUACCAUUCACUGUACUGGGUAUAUGAAGAAUUGGCCUCCUAAUGAGGUGGGAGUAGAAGAGGAAAAUGGUGUAGAAAAGGACAGUAGUAACUUUAACUGUCUUGUUGCAAUUGGGAGGUUACACCCUUAUAUUGUUCCACAAAAGAGUGGAGAGAUACAAGUCAAAGCAACAGAAUUUGUUACACGAUUUGCCAUGGAUGGAAAAUUUGUUUAUGUAGAUCAGCGUGCAACAGCAAUUUUAGGGUAUCUGCCACAAGAGCUUCUAGGAACUUCUUGUUACGAGUACUGCCAUCAAGAUGAUCACAAUCAUCUAGCUGAAAAACAUAAAGAAGUGCUGCAGAAUAAAGAAAAAGUAUUUACAAAUUCCUACAAAUUUAGAGCAAAAGAUGGGACUUUUGUUACUUUAAAGAGUCAGUGGUUUAGUUUCAUGAAUCCGUGGACCAAAGAACUGGAGUACAUUGUAUCAAACAACACUGUGGUAUUAGGUCAUAACGAGUCAGCUGAAGAACAGGUCCCCCACGGUUCCCAGCCUGCAGAAGAUGCUGUAAAACAGUCUUUAGUAGGUGUACCUGGAAUGUCCUCUGGAACAGUUCUUGGUGCUGGAAGUAUAGGAACCGAAAUUGCAAAUGAAAUAUUAGAAUUGCAAAGGUUGCAUUCUUCACCAUCUGGGGAGUUAAGUCCAUCACAUCUCUUGAGAAAGUCACCUUCUCCAGCUUUAACUGUAAACUGCAGUAAUGUGCCAAAUAAAGAGAUGAUUCAGUUAUGUCCUUCAGAAACAGAAGUUCUAGAGACUUCAGAACAAAACCAGCGUGCUAUUCCAUUUCCCAAUAAUGAACCUCUCCUCAGUGGUAAUUCUCAGCUGGACUUUGAUGCAAUAUGUGAAAAUGAUGACACUGCUAUGACGGCUCUUAUGAAUUACUUGGAGGCUGAUGGAGGACUUGGGGAUCCAGCUGAACUCAGUGAUAUACAAUGGGCUCUCUAGUUUUGCUUUUUCAAAAUAAGAAGGAAUGUAAAAUCUGUAAUGCACAACAACCGUACAUCCUCAGUACUGUAUUAUAAUUUUUUAAUAUUUCAUUUGAAUUCAUACUUACUGUCUAUAUAUUUUUAAAGACUGAAGCCGUGUUCAGAGAGAGACAGUUUCUGCUGCACCUACGGAAAAAUGCAAUAUUUUUUUCAUGAUGGGGAAACCUUGAAAUUUUAAUAUUGAACCAUCUGUAACUGGAAUGCUUAAAACACAUUACUAUAUUUUUGCUAAGAAGCUUUAACCAAAAGGUACUGUACAAUGUGCAGGAAUAUUUUUUUCUUAGUUUUAAUACUUAAACUUGUAUUUAUUGUUUUUGUUUCAAAUGGUAGAAUAUUGAUUAUCCAUGUUACUUUCUGUAGAACCUACUGUACUUACACACUUUAAGAAUAUUUGUAGCUAUUAAAUUUCAUUGAAAUUAUGUUUUGCACACACUACAGUUGUACAAUAAGGUAUUGUAAUUCUCAAAUG